UUCAGUGAUACAUUGUGACACGGAAAGAUCAUCAUCAUCAUCAUCAUCAGUGCUACACUGUAACAGCUUCAUCUGAACUUACUGAGUUCCUGCUGAGAUCGUAAUGCUGAAAGUCUAGACUGCAAGAAGUUUGACUAACGUGUGUUUAAUCUACCUUCAAGACAUUUUUGGGAUUAUUUGGACAUUUCAAGAAGUUUGUGCGUCUGCUGGAACUUCACGCGGGAGUCUCUUUCGUGUUGUUACUGGUCAUUUAUCACCUCAGUUAACGUGACAGAAUGUUUAUGUGUGUUUUUAAGAACGGCUCGUGUUUGGCUUUGAUGUAUUUGGCGUUCUGCGUGCACGUGAGUGAGUGUCAUGAAUGCUCCCCGUGCGCGCUCCGCGCGUGCCCGCGGCUCGGCCCGCUCGGGUGUGAUUCGGCUCGGGUUCUGGCCCGUGACCCGUGCGGCUGUUGUGAGCAGUGCUCUCGGCUCGAGCUCGAGCUGUGUGCUGGUCCGGACUGGACUCUGGGCUACUGCGGGUCUGGACUCACCUGUGCAGCUCUGAACCGGACUGGACCGGCGCUCAUACCUGAGACAGGUGUCUGUAAAGUGGUACCUGAUGCCACAGAUGAAGAUGAGCGCUGCCCCCUGGUGAGCGGGUGUGAUCGCGUGAACGGCGAGUGUGUGUGCGAGUCCAAACACUCCUGUAUCAGGACAUACAGCUUUCCGAACAGAGAUGCGUGUUUGCACACGGGGAAAACAGGUGAGAGGCGCACGCAACACUGAUUCACACAACCGGUCAAGAACAUGUCCAACAGGGUCGGAAAAUAAAGGGGGCUCAAACGUCACAUCCUCAACUAACACAUAGGAUUUGAACAUUUCUAUCGGCUGAAGUCUGUAUCUUUCUCAAUGUCUGUUUUUCCGUUUUUAAAUUUCCAUGAUCCUUCUUUUCAGUGAGGGCAGAAUUUGCCUUUCUUAUCCUGCACACUUUAUUUUGCACACAGGAGUCAGAUGCUUGUGCUGAUAAUAAUCAAUACAAACUGAUUUGAUGAUGUUCAGGAGUGAGAACGAUGUUGGGAUAUAUACAUAGGCAAGUUCAAUGACAGUUCACGUAAUCUUGACAUCAAAUCAUUGACUUUGAAUAAAGACAUCGUACCGGGAGACUCUUGAGAAAUGGCGUUACUCUGUAGAAUAAAUUAUAGAAGUGCCCGCCCCUGUUCAAGCACUGUAUAUAUAUAUAUGUGUGUGUGUGUGUGUGUGUGUGUGUGUGUGUGUGUGUGUGUGUGUGUGUGUGUGU